AAACUCCACCCUUUCCAGCCCAAAAUCGUUUCGACUUUCUCAUACAAAGUCGGACUCUUCUAAAACCCUAGCUCUCUUGAAGCUGAAGGACAUUUGCGCCGAGUUGUUGGCACCAGCAGAGGAAGAAUGGGUAUCGAUUUGGUUGCCGGAGGUAAGAGCAAGAAGACCAAGCGCACUGCUCCAAAAUCAGAUGAUAUUUACCUAAAGCUCAUCGUCAAGUUGUACCGGUUUCUCGUUCGGAGGACUGGUAGCAAGUUCAAUGCAGUGAUACUGAAGCGGCUUUUCAUGAGCAAGGUCAACAAGCCUCCGCUCUCACUCUCUCGUUUGGUUCGUUUCAUGGAGGGAAAGGGUGAUAAGAUUGCCGUGGUUGUUGGGACAGUAACUGAUGAUGUCAGAGUCUAUGAAGUUCCCACCUUAAAGGUAACAGCGCUGAGGUUUACAGAGACUGCAAGGGCAAGGAUUGAGAAGGCUGGUGGAGAGUGCCUAACCUUUGAUCAACUUGCUCUGCGAGCCCCUCUUGGUCAGAACACGGUUCUUCUCAGAGGCCCAAAGAAUGCUCGUGAAGCCGUGAAGCAUUUUGGACCUGCUCCCGGUGUGCCCCACAGCCACACUAAACCCUAUGUGCGAGCAAAAGGAAGGAAAUUUGAGAAGGCUAGAGGAAGAAGGAACAGCAGGGGCUUCAGAAAUUAAGUCUUUUAACUCAUCCAGAGAAAAUUCUGAGCUAUUGAUCAACUUCAUACAAAUCCAUGAUGCCAUCUAUUUUCUUACAUGCAGUUGUUUGUUUUUCCUAUUGACCCUUUAAAUCAAACAAUUAAUCUCUCUGUUAGCAGAUUAUCGUUUAUCUUCUUUUGGAUAUUGUGUUUUUAAAUGUUCAAGGAUUGAUGCUGCCUCUUAUUUUGUUAAGAAAGCAUCUUGCAAUGGUCUUUUAUUGAGACUUACUGUGUC